CACAUGAUCAAGAAAUGUCAGUUUCAUUGCAAUGACAUGUAGAAGUUCCUAGGGACUGUGGCAGCCGAAUUAACAGUUCUUAUGAUGUAGUAAAAGAACACUGAACAACCAACAACCAAGAAUGUCCAUUCCUGUAGUUCCAGGUACAACAGGCUCUGUAGGAUCGCCACAGAGAAAUGUUGGUGUUGCACAGUCUCCAAGAACUCUUACACAGCCACAGGAAAUGAAGAUAGUACAGGAUAUUUUGGAUUGUAUUAAUGAAAUGAAGUCAGACUUUGAGGAGAGUAAGAUACCUAUAGAUGAUGACAAUCAACAACUACAGAGGUUUUGUGCUAAGCUGGAGUAUCUGUUCCAGAGCAAUAUGAAAGAAAAGAAGAACUUACUUGGAAGAAAAAAAGAUUACUGGGAUUAUUUUUGUAACUGUCUAGGAAAAACAAAAGGCAUAAGUGAUGGGAUAAGAUUUGUCAAGAGUGUAUCAGAGUACAAGACAUCUCUUGGCAAAGGAAGAGCAUUCUUAAGGUUUUGUUUAGUGCAUAAUAGAAUGGCAGAUAGUUUACAGGCCUGUAUUAUCAAUGGAAAAACAACAAGUGAAUGGUUCUAUCCAGAGUCAAUAUGGUUACACCAAGAUAGGAACAGUGUAUUAAUCAGCGCUUUAUAUGAUUUAAGUGGACUGCAGUUUGACCUUGCAUCAAGUGGAUAUGACCUUGACAAUGCAUGGCCAUCUUUUGCAAAGAAGAGUCUUGGGUCACAUCACACUUGGAAUAUGCCAUCAAGGACAUCAAGUAUGAGUAGUUUAAUCAGUAUUCCUGGGCAGCAGGAUGCAUCACUCCACAGAUUUAACUUAUCUACAACACCUAUAGACACGGAUGAUGUUAUUCAUAUGAGUCCAGGAUCACACAUCUCAGAGAGGAUGCCUUCAUGUUUGACAGAAAACACAGAGGCACAUAAACAAGAAUUAGAAGUUUUACAGCAACAACUGAAUGAGGUUAAAGACAAGAACCAACAAAUAACAAAGGAACACGAGGACCUAAAACAGAGAUAUGAUCGAUUAGUUUUAGAUCAAGAAUCAAAACAGACUGAAUGGGAAAUGAAAUACACACUGAAAACUGAUGAAGUAGACAAAGUCAACAAACAGAUAAUGUCUCUUGACAAUCAGUUACAAAAUCAGAGAGAGGCUCAUAGUAAACAAGAAAGUGAAAAUAUCAAAAUGCAGUUUGAGGUUAGCUCAUUACAACAGAAUGCUGCAUCAGUGAAAGAUCAAAAUGAUGCUAUGGAGGCUGAAAUGUCAGUGUUAAGAGACAAACUGACAAAACAAGAAGAGAAAAAUCAAGAUUUAUUGAACAAGAUUGAAAGUUUACUUCAGGAAAAAAAUGAUGAGGCAAAAACUCAGAGAAGUUCUGUUGAUAAACUUCAAGAAACAUAUGAACUAGUGAAAGGUUUAGAAUCAGAAAAUAUGACAUUGAAAAAUGAAAAUAAAGAGUUGAAUGAAAAAUGUGGGAAACUACAAUCAAAUAUGGACGAGAUUGAACAAAGCCGAAUUUCGUUAGAAAACAUAUUAGAAAAUAACAAAAAAGAACUCCAGGAAAUGCAAAAUAAAUUAUCAAAGAUGGAUAUUCAAAAGCAGACUCUAGAAAGUCAAGGUCAAAGUUUGAACAGAGAAAUAGCUUCUUUGAAAGAAUUCUAUGAAACUGAAAAAGGAGAUACAGAAAAAGUUAAAGGGAAAUUUGAAGAAAAGGUAGAGCUGGUAAAAAAUUUAGAAUUACAAAUAGAUGAAGUGAAGGUUCUUUUGAAGAUACUGGUGUCUGGUGUGAAUAUACCAGAGGAUACUGAGGUUCCUGAAUCUCUUAAAAAUAGUGAAGUUGGUGAUCUUCUACACAGCAUGAUAGAACAGUCUCUAACUAAUACAUGCAUAAAAGAUAAAAUGGAAAAACUUGAAAAGAUUCUUGAAACUGAGUCUCAUCAUUAUAAAGUAGAGAUUGAAAAUAAAGAAAGACAGCUACAGGAGCUUGAAAGUUUAAAUAAUACUCUACAAACAGAAAAAAGUGAUAGAGAGAUUAGAUACACAACCACUGAAGAGACUCUGCAAGCACAAGUGAAUUAUUUGGGUGAACAAAACUCACAGACAGAGCACAAAAUUGUAGAAUUGAAUGGAAUCAAAGAAGCUCUUGAACAUGAAAGAUCUGAACUACAGAGGAACUUUUCAAAUCAGACAGAUGUCUUAGACAAAACUGUUCAAAACUGUGAUAAUUUAGAAAAGAAAUGCAAAUCUGUAGCAGAAGAUCUCAAGAAAAUAGAAGAACAAAAUAAGCAAUUAGAAUCAGAAAAUUGGUCAUUGCAGGAAAAAAUGAUACAAAAAGAGAAUGAACUGGUUGAGCUUCGUCAAAAGUCAGUCCGAGUAGAGGAUGAAUUUCAACAAAAACACAAUAGUGAAUGUAAUCUUACAUCAAAACUUCAAGCACAAAUUGAAGAAAAUGAAAGAACAAUUAAAGAAAUGAAGCAUACUAUUUCUGAAUUAAACAUCUCUGUUGCAGAUAGCCAUAAAUCAGAUGAGGAACAUAGUAUCAAAAUUAAAGAAAGAGAAGCAGAAAAUAUAAAAUUGUCAAAUAAAUUAACAACUUUUGAAAAAGAUCUUAAUGAAAAGAAUGUGAUUCUGCAGACGGAAUCUAACAAACUUUGCACAUCAUUAAGAGAUAAUGCAAGUCUAGAAGAGAAGUUAAAGGAUUUAAAAGAAAAGCAAUUUGACCUAGAACAACAAUUGGCUAAUUGUGUCAAAGAAAAUACAAAUCAUCAACGACAAAGACAAAAGGCAUUAGAUAAACUUGAAAUUGAACGUCAUACAUUAAAAAAGCAUUUAGAGGAUGCUUUAAAAGAUAUUGAGUCUAUAAAACAACAAUUGACUCAUACGUCUGCUGAACUAGAUAUUGCUUAUACAGAAAAAGAAAAACUGGAUUCUGAGAAAAAUGACCUUAUAUUGAGACAAGAUGAACUGGAUGAAAAACUGAAACAUUCAGAGGAUGAAAAUGAGAUUCUUACAAAAGAGAAAAUCGAUUUGACAAAUGAAAUGAAAGAAAUGACAUCACUUAAACUAGUCUUAGAAAAAGAAUUAGAUACUUUUAAAGAUCAGGUAGGAAAUCUUCAUGAGAAAGUUGAAUGUUUGCAGAUGGAAAAACAGAAGGGAGACAAUGAAAAGCAUGACUUAGAAUUACAAAUUGCUGAGUUGAACAAAGACCUGUCUUUGAAAACUGAAGAGAUUUUCAAAGCACAGGAAUCCAGGGAAAAUGUGGAGAAGGAGCUUAAUGAAUUAAGGUUAAACUUUGAAGAAGGAAAACAGAGUACAGAAUCUGAGAAAGAAAGGUUAAAGAUUGAACAUGAAAAAGAAGUAGAAGUUUUGAAAAGUGAAUUAUCUUCAUUGCAGUUCCAGCUGAGUUCAGAACAAAUCAAGUUUGAACAAUCUUUGCAGACAUUUUCAGAUCAGGAUUCCAGUAUUUCAGGUAUGAAAGAGAAACAAUCAAAGCAAGAAGAAUUGAUAGCAACACUAGAGCAAGAAAUGUCAGAAAUUAAAUCUAACACAUCAUUGAAACAAAGUCAGCAACAACAGGAGCUUGAGAAACUAAGGUUGCUCAUCAGUUCAAUAGAGGAAGAGAAAAAAGACCUUACUUCUAAGCUCCAGGAGGUUUCUCAAGAUUUAGAAAGUCAAAAGUCAUUGGUUCUAUCAUUACAGACAAAAUUGAAAGAGGGAGAAGAUGAGAAAGAAAAACUCUGUACAGGUAAAGAUAAUGAAGUGGGAGAGCUCAAAUCUGAUAUCCAACAGCUGAAGAAAAAAAUUGUUAAACUAACCAGAGAUAAAGACUCAUUAUGGCAAAAAACAGACCAGUUAUCAUAUGAGCAAAAAUUACAGGCAAGAGAUAAAUGGUUGGAUGAAAAAGAUAUAACACAGUGUAUGCAAUGUCGGACAGACUUUAGUUUUACCGUUAGAAAGCACCACUGUAGGAUUUGUGGAAGAGUGUUUUGUUAUCAGUGCUCUGACAACUGGAUGCAGACAGCACACAGCAGGCUAAUGAAUCAGAGUAAAAAAUCUAGAGCAUGUAGGAUGUGCUUUGAAAAAACAAAGCAGCUAGAAGACGAUACUUUGAAGUCUAAUAACAGUGAGAAUGAUUUUGAGGACACAGUUGAGAUACCAAAAUUACAUAAGAAGAGAGGAGUCAUGAAUGAAAGUGAUUCAUCAGCCAUAUCAGAUGUAACCCAGACAUCAGACAGUCAGUCUGAUGACACAGGUUCCAUUGUCAUCCCAGGUCAGGUGGCAUCUGCUAUUACUGUAUCAAUGGUAGAAGGAAAUAUUACAGAUGAGAUUAAAGAAAAACAAAAAGAUGACCAAUUCCAUCUGAUCUCAGAUGAAGAAGUAUCAAAAUCACUGACAGAACCUCAGAUCAGUCCUCUUCUUUCAACUGAUCCAAAUAUGACCUCCAGUAUGACCAUAUCAACAACUGACCUUGAGAAAGGAGAAGUUAAUAGUCAGAAUGAAAUAUUGAUAAAGCCUGGUAAAACAUUUUCUGUACCUGUCAUGGUAGAUCGUUUUAACACAACUCUUUGUUGGGAAUUUAAUUCUCAUCCAAAGGAUGUUGUCUUUGGUGUACAUUACCAAACAAUGACUGGAUCUAGCAGUGAAGUGUUGAUACCACCAUGUAAAGUAGACUCCCAUAAACAGUAUGUCAAAGGAGAACUAACUGCCAAACAACUGGGAAUUUACUCACUUAUAUUUGACAAUACAUACUCAAGGUUUACUGCAAAGAAGAUUAUGUACAAGUUGUGGUCCAAUAAAGGCAAAUGAAAAGAAUUCCUUCAAUAAUGAAUAAAAUAUUGAUAUAACAUUUAUAUAUCAUACAGGAAUAUAUAUCAUUUUGUAUGCAUAUUUUUCUAUGACAUUGUGGGUGGGGUUUAGAAAAUUAAAGAAAUCAUUAAGAAAUAACUCACAAGGUUAAAAUUAUUGCUCAGAGGAAACAACUGAAAAUCCAUCAUCUGAAAACACCAGAAAUUUCUUUGUCUUAUCCAAAAUAAAAAAGAAUAGUACAUCUUCUUAUGAUAACAAGGGGCCUCGGUGAGGUUGUGAGUUCGAACCUAGUGCAUUGCAGAUGUGCUUGACUCCAAUCUUAAUUGACAAGGAUUGUCAGUUUUUCUGCCGAAGAUCGAUGGUUCUCUCUGGGCAAUCCAGCUUCCUCCAUCAAUAAAAUUUACCACCAUGAAAUAGCCAAUAGUGCUGAAAGUGGCAUUAAACACCAAUCAAUAAGUCAAUCAGUAUGAUGAUAAGUAUUGAAGUAAAAAUGACUUUUAGAAAUAAAAAUAAUUACCUCUGACUUACGGAAAAGUAAUGUAAAAAGGAAAGAUCAUUUAUUUGUCUCUUCUGCAUUAAUUAAACAUAAAAAACAUUUUACACAAUUAAAUUUGAAAAAUAAUCAAAUAAAAGAUAUGGUUAUGUACAUCCCAAGCCUUUUCAAUAUUUGUUUUAUUUCAGAAUAAUUACAUUAGAUGUAUGUUUCAUUAUAAUACGUUAUUCUGAUUGGCUAACUGCAAUCUCGCAUUAUUCCUUAAUCAACUUCAUUUCAAAAUGAAUUGUAACAUUCAUGAUGACACAUGCUUCUACAAUAAAGUGCACAGGUAAAUAAAAGAAAAAACUUGAUAGUAAUUGUAUUUUCAUGAUCAUAGCGAAGAAAUGUACUUAUAAGUAUUGAAUGCUUCUUUUAGUAACUUCGUAGGGUUGUAAAAGCUUUGACCGUACGUACAUUUUUAGAAUGAAGCGCUUCAUACAAAAUGGACUUCGGUCAACACUUUUACACCCCAAUGAAGUUACAAAAAGAAGCAUUCAAUACUUGAAUAAUCCUAUAAGUAAAAUCGGCUAUGAAAUAAGGAAUUCAACAUAGUAAAAUCUGUUUUAUUAGUUAUACUAAAACAUAAAACUGCCAUAUUUUAACAAAUUCAGUUUCAACUUCCUUGGAGUUUGGUAUUUUUGUUAUUUUGCUUUUUACUACUGUCAAUCUAUGUUAAGGUUAUAGAUUUGUUUAAAAGUUUUAUGAACUGUUUUCAAGCAAAGCUACUUUAGUACAAUUUUCAUAGUUUGCACAAUUAUUAAUUUUGAAGACCAAAGUGAAAGUGAUAUAUGAGAGUCUGGAUGAGGGUCCUUCAUUUCUUUUCUUUUUUUAUACCAUUUUUCUCUAUUCUUAAUUUAUUUUGACUUUAAUUCUCUAUUCUUUGUAAUUUAGCACCCUCCUUUAUUAUUUUUCUUUUUUUUUUGUGUCCUUUAUUCUACACUUUUUGCCCAUUUUUCUCUAUUCUGUAAACCCCAUCCAGACCCUCAAAUAUAAUUGCAGCAAUGAGACCAUCAGCUAAGUGAUGAUAUGUAGUAAUGAUCAGAAUCAUUUCGGCGUAUGUGGCUGAUACAUUUUUACUAUUCGCUCUUAAAAUCCAAACUAAUAUAAAAGAAAAUGUAUAUUUUAAAUGUCAGGUAGAUCAUGGCAUGAAUUCCAUAAGUCUGUAAUAUCAGAACAAAAUUGAAGAGUUCUUUUCAUGUUAAAUUCAUGAGUUACAAGCAGUUAGAAAUAUUCGAAUAUAAUUUUUUAAGUCAUUUUAUCGACUGGAAUAGAAAAAAAGUAUAACAAAAACACUGAAAUCCAAGGUAAAUUCAAAAAGGGGAAGUCCAUAAAAGAUGACAAAAUCAAAAGUUAUCAAUCAAAGGAACAAGAGAAAAACAACUGUCAUAAUCCUGACUUGGUGUAGGCAAUUUCUGAAGAAAAUUGUGGGUUAAUCCUGGUUUUAUAGCUAGCUAAACCUCUCACUCGUAUGGCAGUUGUUAAUAGUUCCAUUAUAUUGACAAAAUUGGGUUACCAACCCAACAAGACAUAAACUGAUAACUAAUUGAUUCCCUAUCAGAUUUUAUCACUAGCAUAAAAAGGGUCAUGAAUAAGACCAUGACAAGAGAGACAACUCUGCAUGAUUUUGAAAGGAAAAAAAUGUUUGUUGGCAAAAAGAUGAGUAAAAAGAAACUAUCCAUAGGUACCUUGUCAUAAGGAUGUAAUUUCAUCGGUGAAAAUAAAUAUAUAAUUGUUUAAAGUGUCAAAUAGAACUUUCAUUUGUUAAAGGGAGUUAAUCAUAUCCUGAUUUAAAAAUUCUUUUUUCAAAUCGGCAGACAAUGGCUUUAUAGUUGAAGGCAGCUUUUGUAUAGUUUACACAUAUCUUUGAGCUUGAUGUUUUUAAGAAAUAGUAAUUGAUUUAAAAUUAUAUAAAUCGUAAAAUAUUUGUUUUUUUGAAAAUGUUAACAUAUAUGAUCUCAAAAUAUCAACAAAAAACUAAAAUUGUCAAUAAAAAAGAUUUUUGUUAUAUUUCUUUGUAUAGAUUUGAAUGUUUUUUUAAAUUACAAGUUUUAAAAAUGUUCUAUUGGUUAUUUUAUAAUUGUACAAUUCAUUUUUUUAAUUUGAGAGAACUGCAUUGUAUUUUUAGAAUGUUUAGAUUAUGCUGCUUUCUAAUAUAUUUAAGUUUUAUUCAGCAUUGUAUAAAGGUCUUUAUUAUAUACUUAGUAGUCAAUACAGAUAAAUUGUAUGUGUAAUACCGUCAACGGCAAUCGUGCUGUAUCAGCCAUCCAUGAUGAUGUCGAUAUCAGUCAAGGUUGCAAAGGCUUUAUCACACCUUUAAUCUGUAUGACGUCAUGUCAUCGAUAUCAGUCACGGCUGCAAAGGCUUUAUCAAACCCCUAAUCUGUAUAACGUCAUGCCACAUAAAAACAUCUACUUGAGGUAUAUAAUAAAGUGUAUAUGAUAUGACUUUUUCAACAUCACACACCGUAUCAACCCUCAACCAAUAUAAUCCCUUGAGCAGAACUCUUUGGAUUAUAUUGGUGAUACGGAUGUGAUAUUGAAAAAGCCAUAUGAUAUUCUCUAUUUGAUGCUGUUGCUUAAGUAGAAAUGUUUUCAUUCUAAUCCAAAAUGUUAUUUUUACCAUCAUGCUUUUUUUUUUUAAAAGAAAAUGCAAUUUAAGUAUAUUACAUCAUUGCUUAUAUGUAAAUUUUAUUUAGUGAUUUUUUUUGUAGAUCUUGUAUUUUGUCAUUUUUACUGUUUACAGUUUAUACCUGUCUAUUCAAGUUUUAGAGAUAAUUGGCAAAAUUUAAAAAAUAAGUAAAAAAUAUUGUCAUUUAAGGACAAUAAAUCCUAUGAGGAUUUUGACAAUUUAGCCUUGUUGACAUUUUGUAGAUGUUUUUUGCUUGUUAAGGUUUCUAUCUACUAGGUUUUUUCGACAAAAAUGCAAGAAUUGGGUAAAAAUCAUCAUGCAAUAACUCUUAAAAGGAGUCGGUUGACAAUUUCUGCCAUCUUAUU